ACACGUGAAUACGAUACAGUCCACAGAGAAGUCACACUAUCAUCUACUACCUAAAUCACCGCCUACACGCGGUUGCAGCGACAGUAAACUUUCUUCGUUCAUCAUUCCCGGAAAAAUUGACAAACGUGUUAUUCAACUGCCGGUGGUUGGGUUGAGGAGUGCAUAUCCCACUGCUGGUGCUUCGCCAACCUUCAAAACGGAAGAUCUACGGCAAACGGGGACAGAGUCUCGCGCCACGGGGAGGGACAAUCAAAUCCCCCCCGCUAGCCGACGCUGGGUCCCUCCAUCCCUGAGACCGCAUCAUGGACUCACCGAAGAAGCCAGAAUUGAUUCGAUUUUCCGAAAAGUACGCGGUAUUUUGAAUAAACUUACACCCGAAAAAUUCCAGAAACUUAGCGACGAGCUGUUGAAAUUAGAUCUUAACUCUUCAAAAAUACUGAAUGGAGUUAUUCUUCUGAUAUUCGACAAAGCCUUGGAUGAACCAAAGUACUCGUCUAUGUAUGCACAACUGUGCAAACGCAUCGAAAAAGAAUUAGAGACCGAUAUCGAUAAGAACAAAUCGAGCACAUUUUUACAGAUUUUACUGAACGUUUGUCGCGAUAAGUUUGAAAAUCGCGUACAAUACAGUGAAAAGAUUAUUAAUUCGGAAAGCACACUUACCGAUGAUUUGGAGGAGAAGAAAAAUGUUGCAAAACAGAAGAUAUUGGGCAAUGUUAAAUUUAUCGGUGAGCUGUACAAGUUGGAUAUGUUGGCCGAGCCACAUCUGCACAAGAUGCUCCGCUCCUUGUUUACAAACAAGUCCAGCUCGACGACGGAGAAAAAUUGUGAGGACAUGGAAUGUUUGGCCCAGCUUAUUCGGACAUGCGGAAAAAAUUUGGAUACAGAGUUGGGAAAACAGCUGAUGGAUCAAUACUUCGAUCGGAUGGAGCAAUAUUCACAUUCGCCAAAGUUUCCACCGCGCAUCAGAUUUAUGUUGCGUGAUCUUAUUGAAUUGCGCAAAAACAACUGGACCCCGCGGAAAGUAGCCCUAAUAGAAGGGCCAGCACCCAUACAGGAGCUGAACCAUGACGACGAUGUUCUUCCACCAUCGUUGAAUCACCUGCGAAACCGCGACAGGGAUUAUCGGAAUAACGACCGUAGCGAGCAGCGCGAUUGGAUCAGCAAAUUUUCACUGAAUCUACAGCACAUGAACGAUGGAUUCAAUUUGAUGAGUGUAUCCAGUCCAUCCACGUUGCUGCCUUCUAGUUACAAUCAUUCUUCAAAUGGUUACGGUAGUCGUGAUCAUCGCGAUAACGGUGGUGGUGGUAGCAGCUACCGGAUGCACAAUAAUCGCAAUAAUCAGAACAGCUACAACAAUAGUCGCUAUAAUAAACACAACCAUCACCACCAUGGCGCAAGUGGAGGCGGUGGUGGUGGUAGUUUAAGCAGCGGGUCAAGUGCAAAUUCGCCCUUUGGAAACAUGAACAUGAUGAACAAUAAGGAUUUGGCUCCGCGAUUUAAGCGGAAUCUGAUGACUCCGCCGCAGAACUCUGUUGAAGAGCUCCAAAUGCGACCAACGCCCAAUAGCCUGCUUUUCAAAGCGAAUAUGAACAUAAAGACGCAUCUGCCACUAUCCUCUCCUAUGGGAGGAAAUGCUGUUGGUGGAUCUGCCAGUAAGGUAAACUACAAUGCUCAGUCUCUUAGCGAGUAUCCCUCGCCACAUAUGGGUCGCACUUUGUUGAGCGAACAGCGCAAUGUAGGCCAAAACAAUGGAGCCUCUGCAAUCAACGGCAAUUUGAUUGGUAGCGGUACUGGUCCAAUGAACUUUGUUAGUCCACAAAGAAACUCAUCAUUAGGUGCUUCUGUUAGGACACCAAGUACAACGGUUGACGAUAGUAUUUUUAGUUCUGGAGAACUAAUUGGUGGUGCUAACAAUAACCCGUCCGCCACUAAUCACUUCAAUAGUGCAUCACAUACAGGAGGGCCUCGCGGAAUGGUUCAACAUAGUGGUAAUAAUCAAUCCAAUCCCCACCAACAUCAAUUGCCAAAUCACUGCAAUAACCAGAAUCAACAGCAACAAUAUUGCCAUUCUGGCCUGGGAAACAAGGCUGGAGCAACAAAAUUUAGAGAUUCGCAAUUCGAAAACUUCUGUAUGGACGGAAACAAUUAUAACCAUCUACAACAUACAAUCGUGCCGGAAGAGCAUAUGCAACGAGCAUUGAGCCAUGACAGCAUCGGAUUACAUACAUCUCCCAAUCCUCCAGAUGUGCAAGCUAAAUCCACAAAAGAACAAGCCAUCGUUAGUAAAUCAAGUUCAUCAGAGACCAAGACGGAGAAGAAAAACAAACGAGAGAAAGGACCAGGCAAAGAAGAGUAUAUGAAACGUAUCGUAGCAUUCGUCAAUGAUGUUCUGUUUGCAAAUAUAGAGCAACAGAUUGCAGAGGAAAAACAGCUACAUCAGUUUGUAAAAUCACAGGAGAAAGUUCAUAGUUCCGAUGUAGAGGAAACUAAAACAUUACUGAAAAAGAUUUUAGUAGAGGUUGUAGGUAAAACGAAACAACCAGAGUCUUCCUGUAUUGACGCCAUACCUGAUAUUGCUAAUGAACAAACCAACAGUGUUGGAAAUGGUGUAACCACGAUCGAUACUGAUGCAAGCAACCGUAUUACAGAAUAUUCUGCACAUUCAGAAAAAAAAAUCGAAAAUAAUGAAACCAACAUUAACAUGGGUAUUGAAACUUCAGAAUAUGUUCAUCAUAAAGAGAAAACGGACGUUGAUUUAAUGUCAAAAAUAGAAAAAGAAAAUGAGGCAAUCGGGAAGGUUGUCAUCGAUAAAAAGAAUGAAGAAACAACCAGCUUCGUCAAUGUAGUAAAUCCUGCUUCGGUAAUUAUUGGAUACGAAAUGCAACAAGCACAUGUGCCCACAGUAAAGGACAUUAAAGAACAAAAUGUAACAUUAAUGCAUAAGCUGAUACGCGAAUUUUGCGAUUUAAAGAUACCAGAAAAGUGUAUGCGCGAAGCCAUUAUUAAAAUAUUGAAUGAAGUACUUGAUCGUGGUGAUGCUUAUCAGGCAAAAACAAUCGAAUUCCUCCAUUCGUUAAAAAAUGAAUCGAAAAUAUCCAGUGGUACCGCGCUGGAAUCGUUCCGAGCAAUCAUCAACGGAAUGAGCGAAAAGGAGAAAACUAUCCCGAAAAUUACCACUAUCGUAGCGUCACUGUUGGCUAGAGGAGUAACUGUCAAUCUAUGUCAGUUGACAGACAUUGCUAGUUAUGCAGAAAACGGACAACAUUAUCCGCUUUUUUUGCUGGUCUUGCAACAAUUGCAUAAGCAACAUGGUCGCACAGCUCUUUUGGAAUUAUUCCGUAAGAGUGAUGUGGAUCUCAUGUCCAGCCUCCCAGAAAGCGACCGUAGCAAAGACCGCAUGGCAGAAAUAUUGGAGGAUCGUAAUCUUAGCUUCUUAUACCCGUUACUUCGAGUGCAAUCGGAACUAUGGAAACAAAUUCAAGCAGACUCAAAUCCGCAACAGUUUUACAAAUGGAUCAAAGAAAAUGUGGAACCUGGUUGUUAUGCGGACUCAGGGUUUAUCACCGCAGUCAUGACAGUACUUUUGAAAUACAUUGACCAGGAAACCGACAAAAUGAAGGAAGAGAGGAAACGCGUAGAGAAAGAGAAGGAAAUAUUAGCUAAGUACUGCCCGGUGUUAAAUGCUUUCCUGAAUGGAUACUACGAUCGACAACUAACUGCAAUCUACGCAAUCCAAGUUUAUUGGUACAAUAUUGGAUAUCCGAAAGGUGUUUUACUUAGGUGGUUCCAAGAGAUGUACGAGUUGAGUGUGAUCGAAGAAGAUGCAUUCUUGCAGUACAAAGAAGAUGUGAACGACAUCUAUCCUGGGAAAGGAAAAGCGUUAUUUCAAGUCAAUCAAUGGCUUACAUGGCUAGCCGAGGCUGAAGAUGAAGAUGACGAAGAGGAGGAUUAGAGAGCAGCUAGAUAGAUCACCACGACAAGUAUGAAAUGUUCGCAUCUUAUGUCGAAUGCGAUAUCUUAUGCCUAUAUCUUUGCUCUGCAAACCGCAACAAAUGCGUGGUGUGAUUGGCAUUGUAUUCUCCAUUUAUUUUCAAUAGCCACAAAAAUCAGAAAUUACCGGACAAAUUAAGGACUGAUGUAGUUCAAACGGUGUUUAUAUUUAGUUUUUCAUUUUAUAAAAUUUACUUCAACUAUCCGGUAAACAUAAUUACGUGAUGUGAAAUGAUUAUUUUCUUUUGCGCAAAUUCUAGAAAAUUAUGUUAACUAGAAAACUUACAUAUAUGGUAAUUUUUAUGCAUAUAUUCUCAUACACAAUUAAACGGAAUAAACGCACUCAGUAGUAGUAUA